AAAUUUACCUACAGAGGUGUUGACUUGGAUCAGCUCCUCAACAUGUCCUAUGAACAGAUGAUGCAGUUGUAUUGUGCCCGUCAGCGUAGGCAUGUGAACGGAGGCCUGUGCUGCAAACAACAGUCCCUCCUGAAAACGCUGCACAAGGUGAAAAAGGAAGCUCCACCAAUGGAAAAACCAGAGGUCGUCAAGGUUCAUCUUUGGGAUAUGGUUAUCCUCCCAGAGAUGAUUGGCAGCAUGGUUGGUGUGUACAAUGGGAAAACCUUUAACCAGGUUGAAAUCAAGCUGGAAAUGAUUGGCCAUUACUUUGGAGAGUUCUCUGUCGCCUACAAGCCUGUCAAGCACAGCAGACCUGGCAUCAGUGCCACUCACUCCUCCAGGUUCAUCCCUCUGAAGUAA